AUGUGCAACGUCAACACGCUCGGAGUCUACGUGUGGGAGACGAUCGUUUUCUUCAGCUUGGCAGCCUCCAAAGAAGCUGAAGCAGCAGCACGAUCUGCCCCCAAGCCCAUGUCUCCUUCUGAUUUCCUGGAUAAGUUGAUGGGGCGAACUUCAGGAUAUGAUGCCAGGAUCAGGCCCAAUUUUAAAGGCCCACCAGUGAAUGUCAGCUGCAACAUUUUCAUCAAUAGCUUUGGUUCAAUUGCAGAAACGACUAUGGAUUACAGGGUGAAUAUCUUUUUGAGACAACAAUGGAACGACCCGCGGCUGGCGUACAAUGAAUAUCCAGACGAUUCCCUGGAUCUGGAUCCCUCCAUGUUGGACUCCAUCUGGAAGCCUGAUUUGUUCUUUGCUAAUGAGAAAGGGGCCCAUUUCCAUGAGAUCACCACAGACAACAAGCUCCUGAGGAUCUCCAGAAAUGGCAAUGUCCUCUACAGCAUCAGGAUCACGCUGACUCUGGCCUGCCCUAUGGAUUUGAAGAACUUCCCCAUGGAUGUACAGACAUGUAUUAUGCAGUUAGAAAGCUUUGGUUACACAAUGAAUGAUCUCAUAUUUGAAUGGCAAGAAAAAGGAGCAGUGCAAGUUGCUGAUGGACUGACAUUGCCUCAGUUUAUCCUCAAAGAAGAAAAAGACUUGAGAUACUGCACAAAGCACUACAACACAGGCAAGUUCACCUGUAUAGAAGCUCGUUUCCACCUGGAGCGGCAGAUGGGCUAUUACUUGAUCCAGAUGUAUAUCCCCAGUCUCCUCAUUGUCAUUCUCUCCUGGAUCUCCUUCUGGAUCAACAUGGAUGCUGCACCUGCUCGUGUUGGCCUGGGGAUCACCACAGUGCUCACUAUGACCACGCAGAGCUCUGGUUCCCGAGCAUCACUGCCCAAGGUGUCCUACGUGAAGGCCAUAGAUAUCUGGAUGGCUGUGUGCUUGCUGUUUGUGUUCUCCGCACUUCUAGAGUAUGCUGCUGUCAACUUUGUAUCCCGUCAGCACAAAGAGCUGCUCAGGUUCAGAAGGAAGAGAAGGCAUCAUAAGGAGGACGAAGCUGGUGAGGGCAGAUUCAACUUCACUGCCUAUGGGAUGGGGCCAGCUUGCCUGCAAGCCAAGGACGGCAUUUCCGUCAAGGGAGCCAACAACAACAACACAGUCAACCCCGUCCCCGUACCAUCUCGCUCCCCUGAAGAGAUGCGAAAGCUCUUCAUCCAGCGAGCCAAAAAGAUUGACAAGAUCUCACGCAUCGGCUUCCCGAUGGCGUUCCUCAUCUUCAACAUUUUCUACUGGAUCAUCUACAAGAUCGUCCGCAGAGAGGAUGUACACAACCAGUGA